AUGUGGAUAAGAUGCAGGACCUGCUUGAAAUUUUUCAGCACUCUGAUGAAACUGAUUCAAUUCGAAGCUCAAUCGCGUCUCCUAUUUUGUCACUUACUCACCCAGCAUCAAGACGAUGCGAAGCUGUUUACUUAUGAAGAGACGACCAGAUAUGCCGAGUUUCCGGCUCUAGAUUUGAACAUGAAUGAAAAAGAGAUAUUUAGUGAUCAAACUCAAGCCGAUCAUGACGAGAUUUUUGACGCCCUGGAUUGGCUGCGACGUAAAACCGUUAAAGACAUCAUCGAACUGACAGUUCCAGACAGGCUUGUGAAUCCGUAUGACGAGGUUAGAUUAAGCAAAUAUGUUGAGAAAUUCAAGGGAGAAGUGCGUUUUCUCGACAUAUCCAUAUCAGUUUUCAAAGAUUCGGACUCUAAAGAACACGCUAUGGGUCAUGAGAAGCUCGUAGUGCGCGUCAGUGUCCGUCCAUGGAAUCCAACUCGUGAAAGAGUAGCCGACUUGGAAGAAAUCUACCAUACCUACGUGCAGGACCGGAUGACAGAAGACUCUAAACCAUUCCAGCCCGUUCGAGUCGCUGUGAUCGAUAAUGGUGUUCUAAGCAUUUCUCCAUCACAUGAAACCCAUUCGGCUUUUCCAAAUGGCCUGCAUACUUUUAACAAUCUAUCCGCCGAUGAUAACGUGGAGGGCUCGUCCUCCAAAAACAUGUCUCAAGGUGAAUACCAAAUCGAUAAAAAUGGCAGACAAAAUACUCUGUCGUCACCCAUGAAGAAAGGGCAAUCCUUCGUCGAGGAAAAUUUUCGCGUUAGUCCUUGGUUUUUUGCAUCCGACCCGCAUGAAACCGAGAUGGCAAAUCUAAUAUGCGCUAUUGACCCAUGUUGUGAUCUCUACGUAGCCAAAGUCAACGAAGAGAGAUCUGGCAUCAUCCCGGCGCGAGUCGAGCGGAUCGAGUGGUCUAGACGCGAUUUCCGCUAA